UGAACUGUGCCUGCUACUUUAGUUUGUUAUUGUUGCAAUAGGCCGUGGAAACAACCUCUCGCAGAAAUGCAGGUAUGACUGCGUGCAAUAGACCCUUGUGGUGACCCCUUAGUGCAUCGGGCUGCCCUUUUAUUGUGUUUGUUGAUAUAAACUCGAUCCGAGUUUCCAAAGCAUGGUUCUUUUUUAGCGCGGAUUAAGGAGGAGGGUUGUGGAGCAUCAAGUGGUAUUGGUGCAGAAACAACGCGUGUCCUUGCAAUGCGUGGCGCACAUGUAGUAAUGGCAGUUCGCAAUGUAAAAACUGGCGCAGAAGUUAAAGAAAGUAUUCUUAAAGAGAUUCCUCAUGCCAAAAUUGAUGUAAUGGAGUUGGAUCUCAGUUCUGUGGCAUCCGUUAGGAAGUUUGCAUCAGAGUAUAACUCUUCUGGCCAUCCUCUGAACAUCCUAAUCAAUAAUGCAGGGGUUAUGGCUCCGCCAUUCAUGCUUUCUCAAGACAACAUUGAAUUGCAGUUUGCAACUAAUCAUCUAGGUCAUUUUCUUUUGACAAAUCUUUUGCUAGAGAACCUGAAAAAUACAGCUCAACAGAGCCACAAAGAAGGAAGGAUUGUUAAUGUUUCAUCAAUGGGACAUAAGUUCACAUACCGUGAAGGAAUUCGCUUUGACAAAAUCAAUGACAAAGAUAGUUACACUUCUUGGUAUGCUUAUGGACAAUCAAAGCUUGCUAAUAUCCUACAUGCUAACGAACUUGCAAGGCGUUUGAAGGAUGAAGGAUUGGAGAUAACUGCAAAUUCGCUUCACCCAGGGGCAAUAAAUACCAACCUCAUGCGUCACCAGAAUUUGAUUGAAGGCAUAGUUAACUGGAUUGGCAAAUACUUUAUUAAAGAUAUUCCACAGGGAGCGGCAACUACGUGCUAUGUGGCGUUGCAUCCUCAGGUGAAGGGGAUAACCGGUGAAUAUUUUUCAGACAGCAAUGUUGCUACACCAACUUCUCAUGCUAGAGAUACAGAGUUGGCAAAGAAACUCUGGGAUUUCAGCUUGAGUUUGACAAAGCCUCAGUAGAAACAACGACAACCUUGGUUUAUAGAUUCAUAAUUUCAGUAUGUGAUCAUAGUUCGAAUGUCCUUCACAAGUUCUCCUGGUGGUUCUUUUUUUUUUUCUUUUCAAUUUUUUUUUUGCUUCUUAUGGACUUUUGAACAUAGAAUGAUGACCAUCUUUAUAUACUCGUACUUUGCCAAAUCACUUAUUUUGUUUUGUACAACUAUGCCAAGAAAUGGAGCCUAUUCUUGCAAUUCAAGAUAGUUUUAAGGAUUCA